AUGGCUUCAACUUCUGAUCACACAGCACCUGAGUUCCACCCUGACCUCCAAGUAUUUUCAAAGCGAUCAUACACGCAGCUAGAGGCAUUCAUACCUGCCCUCACUACACAAUGUCACGCGUCGAACCUCCUCCUUCUCCCGAAUGGAGACUUGCUUUGCGCGUGGUUCGGUGGUAGUAUUGAGGGUCGUCCCGAUAUUUGCAUCUACAUGUCCCGACUCCCAGCCGGAGAAAAAGCAUGGCAGGCAGCAAUCAAAAUGACACACGAUCAAACCCGAAGCGAACAAAAUCCUGUCCUUUUCCACGACGCCUCAACCGGCGAGCUUCGACUUUUAUACACGUCUCAGGAUGCCGGGAACCAAGACUCGGCAGUAGUCAAGCAAUUGACUUCCACCGAUGAGGGGAAGAGCUGGUCUGAGCCUACAGUUUUGUUUGACGAGCCUGGGACAUUCAUCCGUCAACCAGUCAUCGUUCUCAAAGAUGCCACAUGGAUAGUUCCUAUAUUCAAAUGUCGUGCCGAACCAGGCGAGCGAUGGCUUGGAAGUGACGACAUCUCUUGCAUACGCUUAUCGAAAGAUGGGGGCCAAACAUGGACCGAAAAGGAGAUACCGAACAGCUACGGAUGUGUUCACAUGAAUAUCCAGGAACUGAAAGAUGGCUCCUAUCUCGGACUAUUUCGAAGUCGGUGGGCGGAUCACGUAUACCUCUCGACCUCUCCCAAUGGUAUCGAUUGGAGCGAGCCCGAAGCAACUGUAUUGCCCAAUCCCAAUGCAGGAAUCUGUUUCGAUGUGUUGCCAUCUGGUCGGGUGGUCCUCGUGUAUAAUCAUUCCUCAAAAAAGGAUGCAGUUGGCCGACGUGAUGGCCUUUAUGACGAUAUAAGCGACGGCACUGAUACACGUGCCAAUCAAGCUAGCAAGCACGGCAAGGAAGCCUUCUGGGGUGCGCCACGGGCACCGCUAUGUGUUGCUUGGAGUGAUGAUAACGGUGCUACUUGGAAAUGGAAAACACUGGAAGAGGGAGACGGAUAUUGUUUAACGAACAACAGUGAGCAAAAGCUCAAUCGCGAGUUGUCUUACCCAAGCAUAUUUUUUCAAAAGGACGGAGUGAUUCAUAUUGCUUUUACCUUUUGGAGGCAGCGGAUCAAGUAUGUUCAACUAAGGGCAGACUUCUUUCAGUGA